UCCGUGAGUAGGUUUUAAGUUAAAAACCUGUGUGACUGCGGCUGUUUAGCGCGUCAAAAGAAAAAGCCCUGAGGAUUCAAGACCCUAUCAGGCAAGAGAAUAAUUCGGGUGGGACGGUGGAAUCACAUUUUAGUGAGACUAAAAGUUAAAACUCCAUGGUAAAUUAGUAGGCCUCGAAAGUGUGCGAAAAAGACGUCUGUAAAUAAGCAAACAAAAGUGUGAAUGAUUGUGUGAGUGAACGGAGACAGGAAUACCAUUUGGUAUUUUUUUCUCAUACCAAAGCAGUGGGAAAGAAAGCAAUAAACCUUACAGGAAGCAAAGGCAAGAAUUCUCCACUCGCAAGAGUUGAAGUGAGAAUUACCUGGAAAGGUAUUUUAAUUAUUGCCCCACUGAUAACAUCCCAACGUUUAGAACACCCUAGGUGUUAACCCAGCGUUGGACCAAAAUACAUAAAAAACAGCUCCAGUAUGGGCAAGAGUCAAAGUAAGCCCAAAACUAGGGAGGAUUUACAGUGUAAAGAUUGGAAGUAUAUAGAAAAACAGGAUCCUGAUAAAAUAAAAUAUUUGGAUAAAUGGAUAAAAGAUUACGGGUUUAAUGGUAAACUAAACAUUAAAACAAUUAAUCUACUACAGGAAACAAUACAAAGAAACACUAACAAAGAUCCUAAAAAGAUGAAAAAGUCAGGUUAUGAGGAAACCAAAUAUUGGAUGAAAGUAGCUGAAAAACGUGAAGCUGGAGAAAGAGACAGAAAAAAGAGGGGAAAAAUAGGAGAAGUAGAUGAGACAGGGCCGGUAGGAAGAAGGGCAGAACAGAGAAAUGAGGAAGGUGCCUCAGUGGGACCUCCUCCUACAGCUCCACUAUACCCUGAUAUUCCCCAAGAGGACCCCCCUGAGUAUGAUACCACGCCUCCCAGUGCACUAGGAUCAACCCGAGGUACUGCAGGCCUCGGAUGGUCUAAGAAAUUGGGAGGACUUUUGUCCCCAACUAGUCCUCCAGCCGUUGACAUAAAAGUAGCAGAUGAGUAUCCUAUGAUACAAGUAGCAAAUCCAAACAUGGAUGAAGGCCAACCACCAACAAUCGUUGUUUAUAGAACUUGGAACAUGAAUGAUGUUAAAAAAGCCUUAGAGGGCAUAACUCCACACAAAGAAGAUGUCACCCAAUUUGUAAUUGACAUGGAAAAUGUGCGAAAAUCCUAUCAUCUAAAUGGACAAGAAGUCCAACAAAUCUGGAUGUGUGCUCUGGGACCAGAUUGGCAUAACGUUGGAGGAGAUUGGACUCCUCUGAACACAGCAGGUGACGGUCCUCUUCCAUGGGACAGCCAACAAAUGGCAGUAGGAGUAAACGGUCUGGCAACCAGAGCCACAGCCAGGUUUGGACAAAAAGCAAAUUACACUGAAAUAGGCAGAGCAAGACAAAAAGACGAUGAAACUUUUGAUGACUAUAGACACCGCAUGACUACAGUGUUUAAAAUCCAUUCGGGACUGACUGACGACAAUAAUGACCAAGGAGUUUACAGACAACAGUUGAAAAAUGCUUUACAUGCGGGCUCAAAAGACGCAAUCAGAAGCUGGGUGCAGAAGCACUACAUUGGACUGUCUACCAGUACCCUUGAUGAAUACAUUAAUCAUGCUUUGCACGCAGAAAAAGUUGCUAAAGAAAAAAAGAAAAAGACAGUAGGAACGUUUUUUGGUGAGGUAGAGACUGAGGAAGUGUUUUACCCUGACCAGAAUAGAGAGAGAGGAAGAAGCAAUAGAGGGCGUAGAUUUCAUAGAAAAGGACAGAGAGGAGGCAGAGGCAGAGGAGGUUUUGGACAGAGAAACAGACAGAGAGAAACAGGAUGUUGGAACUGUGGGAAAGAUGGACACUUCGCUGUAGAUUGUCCAGAGACUAAACAGAAAAGCUUAUGAGCUUCACACUGUGACAGUUAAUAGUUGAAUGUCUGGACGGUGUUAUUAUUGAAAGAAGUGUUUUUCUUUAGAAAGUAGCAUGUUGUGGAGGGUUCAAAGUGUUAAGAAUGAGAGAUUUAGGAUUAAGUUUUAAUGGGGGAACGUAUUCAUGAAAGUGAGGAAGAAAGCAUAUGGGAAGUUGACCAACGUCUGAGUGUUUAUGGUAAACUAGAGAUAUCCAAAGUAAUAUUCUGUAGCUCUGUAGUCGCCUCAAGAAAACUGUGAACAGGUGCAUACAUUGAAAAUACAGAAUGACUUAUUAUUCACCUGCAUAGGUCUGAAUGUGUUUUAAACUGAGAGUAUUGAUUCAUCUAGAUUUAAAUCUUUGAGUAACUGGUGGCUGUUGUUGUGGCCAGUUUUAAUGUUCCAUUAAUAAGUGAUACAGUGAAAAAUAUUAUAAAACAAAUAAUAUUGUGCAUUAAUGAAAAGUGACCAAAGAUAAGGUAUUAAAAGCAGAACAAUUACCCUCACACUGCUCUGCCCAAGCUGCAGAGAUAGUGGCUCUAACAGAGGCAUGUAAAUUAAUGAAGAAUAAAGACGCUACUAUCUAUACAGAUAGUCAAUAUGCAUUUGCUACAGUCCAUACUUUUGCACAGUAUUGGCAAAAUAGAGGAAUGAUCACAUCCACAGGGAAACCAGUAACACAUGCAAACCUCCUAUCUAACUUACUCAAGGCAGUAAAGUUACCUAAACACCUCGCAGUUUGUAAAUGUGCAGCUCAUACCUCAGGGACAGAUCAAGUAUCACUAGGGAAUGCAUUUGCAGACAAAACAGCCAAACAGGCAGCCGAAGGACAGAUAAAAGUGCUUAUGCUGACCUCGGACACUGAUAUGACUGAUACAACACUCCAAGACAUGCAACAAGCACCACAGAAAGAAAAGGAUUUGUGGGUAAAACACGGAGCACAACUACAAAAUGACAUCUAUGUAUGACCAGAGAAUAAACCAAUCCUUCCACACAACCUAUACAAAUGGUCUGCAAUAUUGAGCCAUGGUGUUACACAUGUCUCAACAGGAGGGGUGGUAUGGAUUUAACUCUUAUUCAAAAGAUUUUUGUAGAGCAUGCUUGACCUGUGCUAAGCACAAUCCUCAGGGAAACUUAAGACCUAGAAGAGGGCGUUUCCCUUCACCACAGUAUCCGUUUCAAGCAGUACAUAUGGAUUUUAUAGAGUUGAAUCAGAGUGAAGGAAAAAAGUAUUGUCUGGUCAUAAUAGAUGCCUUCUCUAAAUGGGUAGAGCUGUUUU